CACACCUGGUUCUGGAGGACAGCGGAGAAGCGGUACGGGGAGAGGGCGGCCAAAUCUGAGGGACACAGCCGAGGGAGAGAGUGUGGCUUCCGAAGCACCACCCGUUUCAGAUGUCUGAUCGGAUGAGGUUUGGAUUCAUGACAAGAGGAGAAAGCUGAACUGACUGAAGGAAGAUGGCGUGCUGUCUCGUGUCACAAAGCAGUCGAUGUUAGCCGUGAGACAGAGACCUGAUCAGCAUCGAUGUGAAGGAAGGGGGCCGCUGCUGGCAAGGCUGCGGCGCCUCAUCUGGGGAAACGAGAGAUGAGAACGACUCUGAAGCCAGAGGUGACAACUAAUCUGCAUCGAAGCUGAGCAUAAAAACACAGAAGAAAGAGUUGUUUCUGAACACACGUCCUCCGGCGUCACAGUUUACAGACUGCGAGUCGACGAGCCGGAGAGGACGGAGUCUGAGGACACUGAAGGGAUCGUGUGGGGAGGAGAAGCGCCAAUGGUGCCGCAGGACCUCCUCCCCUGUCAGCCCCACUUCCAGAAGGUGGAGGUCACAGGAUUCCAGCUCACAUCCCGGAUUUGAGGAUUAACCGUAGACCUGGAAAAGAGAGACAGUGCUUAUGUUCACCAUAAUGGCACCUGCCAGAGUGGCCAAGCUGUGGGCUCGGCUCUUCCUGCUGUUUCUCUGCUUCACGCUACAUGCCGGCAUGCUUCAUUUCGCUGCAGCCACGAUACAAGGGUACAUUGGAGACAGGGACAUGAUCUGCCCAUCUGUGUGCAGGUGCGAUGAGGACUUCAUUUACUGCAAUGAUCGUGGCCUGAACUCCAUCCCCUCACUGCCUCCUUCUGCAUCCGUCCUCUACCUGCAGAACAACCACAUAAACAACCCGGGCUUGCCCACCUCCCUGGAGCGCCAUCUUGCCGUGCGUGUGGUCUACCUCUAUGAUAAUGAACUGGAUGAAUUCCCCAUGCACCUGCCACCCUCCGUGCGUGAACUGCAUUUGCAGGACAACAACAUCCGCACUAUUCCUCGGAGUGCGCUGGCUCGGAUGCCCUUGUUAGAGAAGCUCCACUUGGAUGAUAACUCAAUUUCCACUGUCAGCAUUGAGGAUCAGGCCUUUGCUGACAACCCACGGUUGCGCCUGCUUUUCCUUUCACGCAACCAUCUGUCUAGUAUCCCCUCAGGACUGCCUGCCUCUCUGGAAGAGCUCCGUCUGGAUGACAACCGGAUCUCCACAAUCCCAACUCACGCCUUCCGAGGCCUCACCUCACUUAGAUGUCUUGUACUGGAUGGGAACCUGUUGGCAAACCAGCGCAUCGCCGAUGACACGUUCUCCCGCCUUUCCAACUUGACUGAGUUAUCCCUGGUGCGUAACUCCCUCCAGACCCCACCUGUCAACCUGCCCAGUGCCCAUCUGCAGCGCCUGUCUCUACAGGACAACGCCCUCACUCACAUGCCACGCGGCUCCUUGGACGGCAUGCGCAGGCUGCAGAGGCUGGACCUGUCGGGAAACAACCUGACCACCCUGCCGAGGGGACUCUUCAAAGACCUGGACAGCCUGGGGCAGCUGCUGGUGCGGGGUAAUCCUUGGCACUGUGGCUGUAACCUGCGCUGGUUGUAUGACUGGCUGCAUGCCCGUGGCAACUCCAUCACCGUCAGAGGUCUCACCUGCCACGGACCUGACAGAGUGCGAGACAUGGCUUUGACGGACCUGAGCAGCGAGAUGGAGGAAUGUGAGGUGGUGAGGACAGCAGGGACCAGAGACAAAAUGGGCGGAGGUGGAGCAGAUAGCUCGACUACUCACACCCCUCCACAGGGCUCGCUCUUCACCCUUCGCUCCAAACGACCUGGACUGGGGCUUCCUGACUCCGGCUUAGACUACACUCUCAGCAGCAGCGGUGUGGGGAAGAGCCUGGCCCUCAACGUGAAGCCUCUCUCUCACAACAGCGUCCGUGUUACCUGGAGCGUGGCCCAGCCCAGCUCCUCCUUCAGGCUCAGCUGGCUGCGGCUGGGCACUGGGAACGCCAUGGGGUCGAUCACGGAGACGCUGGUCCGGGGCGAGCGCCGAGAGUACCUGCUGACCUCGUUGCAACCGCGCUCCAGCUACAUCAUCUGCAUGGUGCCCCUGCCUGCCAGCUCGGAGAGCAAAGGGGCCGUUUCUGGAGAUGCCGACUCUGAUGAAGCUCUGGUGUGCGCGAAAGCUGAAACAUCAGACGUCAGCCCUCUGGAGGAAGAGGAGGAUGACAAUUCACAGCAAAUGACAGUGCUGCCGUUGGCGGGGAUUAUUGGUGGAGCUACUGCCAUCGUCUCUUUGGCUCUUAUUUUUGGCAUCUUCUGUUGGUAUGGACAUAGGACUGGGCAUUUGUGUUCCCGUGACCACUACACUCGCAGCAGCUCUCGAAAAAGCAAAACCUAUGACGACUACAUUGAGUCGGGCACCAAGAAGGAUAAUACCAUCUUGGAGAUCCGUGGCCCAGGGUUCCAGAUGACGCCUAUGGCGGCUUGCCAGCCAAUGCAGCCUAAACCCCUACGAGAGGAUUACAUCAUUCAUACCAUAUUCCCCUCCAAUGGCACUGGCCUGUACAAAGGUGCCAACCAUGUUUCUAAUGCAGGACAUGGCACCAACCGUGGCUAUAGAGAAGGAGGAAUCCCAGAUAUAGACUACUGUUACACAUGAUGCACUGUACCAGAUCCUGUUCACAGUGUUAUUGGUAAACUGUAUAGAUGCACAAUUUCCCUUCGCAUGGACACUUCUGAAGCACCCCUCUGUGCCUUCUUCUUCUGGUCACCCAUUCCAAAUUACCUGCUGUUCAGUGCACUGAAAGUACUGUAUGUGAUUAACUGGACCUGAAACCAUGUGGGAAUAGUUCACUGCAGGAAGCAGCAGCCAGUACCCCCCCAACCCAACUCCCCACCCCUCCCCGGUUGAAAAUGCACAGCUGACCGUUUCUUCACCAUCUUAGUAAUGGCCUGUGUAUGUUUUCUUUUCUGCUCUUUCCCUGUGACAUGUAAACAAAGAAUGUAUCCACUGUGGAAAGGUCAAAGUGCAGGUAGAGAUCCUCUUCCACACACGGGAUCCACAGCAGUCAAAUCUGAACGGAUUAAGAAAUGAUGACAAACAGACAUUUCUGGUACUCAUUUCCUGCUCACUGAUCAUACACAGUAUGUAGUCUUAUCAACUCAUUGUUCCAAAUGCCUCAACUAUAUUGAUGUGCCCUGCCAGCUAUCUGAGGAAAGGGCUUUGUAAAGCUGUGAAUUGUUCUAUUUCAAACGAUCCAAUAACCACUUGUCUUAAAGUAAGCUUGUUAUUACCUUAUUCAUUAGUUGUCAGGUUGAAGAUCUUAUCAGGGCUGGUCGGCCUUGGUUAUACCUCUCAAGAUCAUUCACCUGAGAUCAGUAUUGUAGUGUUGCAUCAGAUUAGAUGCAGCACAAGCGUGUAGAUAAUUUCCUUAGAUACCGACUGGGCUGUGUUUGAAAAAUGCUUUGCUAUUUUUAUCAGUGGUUUGUUUAGCAAUCAAAUCCUGCACAGCUCUCUUUAUUUAUUUAUUUUGUUCCUUAUGUGAUGGUUUUUGUCUCUGCUAAAAUGGAUUUUUUUUAUUUUCACCCUCAUGUUUGCCAUUACUGGUGAAAUCCAGCUUUGAUGAAGACAGUGGUUCGGCUCAUCUAAACAGCAAAACAUGAGAAGUGAAGACAAACCCCCCCCCCAUGGCUGUCUCCAGGUUCAUGAUUUCCUAAAUGCAGCAGAGUGGAUUCUUGAGCGAGACUGUUUAUAAUAUGUAAUCUGAAAAUUAGCCCCCGCCCAAAGACGAGCAUGUCAGCCCACUGAGACGAUAGAAACCAACCUCAGCCCCUCUUUUCCCAUUUUGUGCCUGUGUGCUUAACCUGUGACUUCAUUUGACGACUUAUGGUUAUAAAAUGUUUCUUCCACAUUCUGAAAGCGACGGCGGUGUUCACCGAGAAUCCAAAAUGGACAAAAUACUGAUGUGGAGCCUCCUGUGCGAGGCAGACUCUUGUGAGUGAACCUUGAAACGAGGGCGAGAACUGUGAGUGCAACUGAGGAGACUCAAACCGCAACACUGUUGACCUGCACUGUGGGGCAGCGGCCAAGCUGUGGGUGGGUGGAUGGACUGGUGGGGGAGUUUCGGAGGGGGAGUCACUCCUCAGUGAGGGGAGCUCAUUGAUGUUUGUUUUAGCAAAGGUAAAAGGCCUCCACUCACUCCACCUCUUUUAUUACUGAGCAGCACUAAAAAUGUAAAUGUAUUAGCACUUAGCAGAGAGCAGGGAUAAAUGUAACGACAAGGCGCGGGGAGACGGAGGGUAAAGAAACAUCUCCAGGCACUGACGAGGAUGCGGUGUUGAUGGCUGUGGCACGGAGGAGUUCACCCAUGCAUAAAUAUGUUUUUCAUAUUCAGCUUCUCCCCUUGGGUUUAAUAUUGUCCAUCAGUUGUUUAGGGGAAACCAAUUGUGCUUCCAUGACUGUUCUGUCUGCCAGAGCUUUACACUGCUCUCAGACAAUAUGUCAGUGGAAUGUAUAUUUUAUCUUGCACCCAAAAUCACUGGCUUAAACAAAUAACAUCUUACUGGCCUGGCUAACUCUGUUUUUGGGAAUGUUGAUAUAGUGUAAUUGGUAUUUUAUAGUGGGUCUAUUCGAGACACGUACUUCCUGAUCAUUUGUAUAAAUAAAACCAUGGCCACAGCCACAUGAAUAUUUUUUCUGGUCAAAAUAUAGAAAGUAAAGGUGCCAUAACUUUGCGUAAAAAAAAUUAUGUGAACCUGAGAUAUGUGUGGAAUUUGCUUUAUAAAUUCAUCUUCAGAGGGGAUCAAUAAAAAGUUUUAUAAUCUUGUUA